CUGAGCCCAAACAGAGCCAGCAGCACAAACAGCUUCAUGCCGUCCCUGGAUGUGUGAGAGAAAACACGUCUCCUGCUGCCCCACCAUGUCCAUUUAUACCACCGAGCAGCGGGUCCUUAUCAGCAUGGAUGUUAAACAGAGGGCGCUGCAACUCCACUUUUGGCAGUACGGGCAAAGUCUCCCAUGAGUUGUUUAUCUUAUCAGGACAUGGAUCAGGACUGAAGGGACGUUGAGGACCAUCUCACACAGAGACCAAAUAUAUCCUGCUGGGAUGUAGUGAUGCUGCACUUGAUUCUGCUCAGAUGUCCUCUGACACCGGGGGCGGGUCUUGACACAACUUUCCCCAACUGUUAUUUGAUGAGCAGAGGAUUCUCCAGUGGCAAGAUCCCGUCUCUCUUUAUAUUCACUUUUGCGGCGUUUGUCCAGCCUCCUGACGGCGCACACUCUGCAGCAGAGUGCUGUGCGCUUCUCCCCCACCUCCCCCCUCCUCCUCCUUCAUGAGAUCCUUUCACCAUCAGUCUGAGCACUGGGCUUGAGGGAAAGGGGAUCUGAAGGGCCCGGUCUGGCUGUGAGAGGCAUCUUUUCACUUUCUCACAUGGCGCUGUAGUAUAAGCGCAUUCUUUGUGGAUCGUGGAAGAGUGUGGACAGAUUUACACUUUAAAGCCGCCCGGGUUCUGAACAACAGCGGGCUCUUAACCAUGGAGAUGCCAAGGUGGACAACCAGGUGGAAAACGAAAAGGUUUAUGUGGGAUUCAACGCUAUCCGUAUUGGUGUCCAUCAUUAUAGUUCUGCAAGCUGCCGACGUGAGAGCAGCUGAACCAGUGGAUGUACUGAAGGUGUUAGACUUCCAGAGAUCUCCUGAAGGGAUUCAGAAAACAACUGGUUUCUGUGCAGCCCGUCGAGGAGCCAAACCUAAUGUAGCGUACAGAGUCGGCAAACAGGCCCAGAUGAGUGUUCCAACCAAGCAGCUCUUCCCAGGGGGAGUUUUCCCAGAAGAUUUCUCAAUCAUGUUUACCAUCAAACCCAAGGCUGGUCUCCAGUCCUUUCUGCUGUCUGUCUACAACAAGCAAGGCAUCCAGCAGCUCGGGGUGGAGGUGGGUCGUGCCCCAGUCUUCCUGUACGAGGACCAGCAUGGCAAACCUGCACCAGAGGAAUACCCUUUGUUCCGCGCCGUCAACCUGGCUGAUGGAAAAUGGCACCCCAUCGGCGGGGAGAAAAAGAGCGUCACCAUUAUUGUGGACUGUAAAAAGAAGGUGACCAAGCCGCUCGGCAGAAGUGACCGGGCGGUUAUCAACACGGAGGGCAUCACUGUCUUUGGGACCAGAAUCCUGGAUGAGGAGGUCUUUGAGGGUGACAUCCAGCAGCUGCUGAUAGUGGCAGACCCCAGGGCAGCCUAUGACUACUGUGAACACUACAGCCCCGACUGUGAAACUCCCAACCACCAUGACACCCCCCAGGCUCAAGAACCCGAGGAUGAGUACACUAAUUAUGAAUAUGGAGAAUUCUACGACUACAGCGAGGGAACGUUAACCACGGAUCCUCCCCCAGUUGAAGACGCCAAGACAGAGGUCAAAGUGAGUGAGGACUAUUAUCCUGCAGAGUAUGACUACACCACAGUGGACGGAAGCCAACCAGAGACUCCCACUGAUAAGACCUACGAUGGUGAAAUAGUGGAUGAUUACAUCACCGGAGUGGAACAGGUUGGAGCGGAGCCCACGGUAGCUGUGGAAACCGCUCACGCAGUGGACAACCAGGACAAAGUGGACCCUGCUACUGACGACUAUAAAUUUAUGGAGUAUGAAAUCAAGGAAAAUGACAACACCUACCACAAGGAGGUUGUGAAGAAGCUGUACGACUACGAAGAAUACGAGGAUUACGGCCCCACAGACGCCAUGCCAACUUCUGCAGUGUAUGAGGAGGAGUUUGGUCCCGGUGUUCCUGCAGAGACUGACUUUAAAGAGAGCAACGUGGGCGGCGGCCAGAGUUACCUGGGGGAGAAAGGAGAAAAGGGUGAACCUGCCGUCUUUGAGCCUGGUAUGCUUAUAGAAGGAGCCCAAGGAGCCCCUGGCCAAGCAGGUCUUCCUGGGAGCCCAGGAUUGCAGGGUCCCCCAGGUUCUCCUGGAGACCACGGUGAAAGAGGUCCUCCAGGGCGUCCUGGUAUUCCAGGUUCUGAUGGUGUCCCUGGUCCUCCAGGUACCAUUCUGAUGCUUCCUUUCCGAGCAGGUGGAGAGUCCCACAAAGGCCCUGUGGUUUCUGCACAGGAAGCUCAGGCUCAGGCCAUCCUCUCUCAGGCCAGGUUGGCUAUGAGAGGUCCACCCGGACCACAGGGCAUGAUGGGAAGAUCUGGUCCUGUGGGAGGUCCUGGUGCUCCUGGACUUAAAGGUGACAGCGGUGAUUCUGGACCACAGGGACCCAGAGGUCUUCAAGGUCCAUCGGGACCUCCAGGAAAGCUAGGGAAGCGGGGUCGUAAUGGCGCCGAUGGAGCUCGAGGUUUGCCAGGAGAGGCAGGGAAUAAGGGGGAUCGAGGCUUCGACGGUCUCCCAGGUCUUCCUGGAGAAAAGGGACACAGAGGAGAGCUGGGUUCUACAGGUCCUCCAGGUCCUCCAGGAGAGGACGGCCCUAGAGGUGAAGAUGGCCAGGUUGGACAGAGAGGUGUGGCUGGAGAGAGUGGACCUAGAGGUUUGCUGGGCCCCAGAGGGUCUGCUGGUACACCAGGACAGCGUGGUCUUCCUGGUCUCGACGGCCAAGCUGGUCCCAAAGGAAACAUGGGUCCACAAGGAGAGUCAGGGCCUCCUGGGCAACAGGGUCUGCCUGGUCCAAACGGUCUCAUUGGUCCUCAAGGUCCAAUUGGGCCUCCUGGUGACAAAGGACCUCAAGGUAAACAAGGUUUGGCUGGCCUUGCUGGUGCUGAUGGUCCUCCUGGUCACCCAGGUAAAGAAGGUCCUGCCGGCGAGAAAGGAGCCACCGGUUUUUCUGGUCCUAUUGGAUCCAUCGGCUAUCCUGGACCUCGUGGCGUCAAAGGAGCUGACGGCAUCAGAGGCCUUAAAGGUGGAAAAGGAGAAAAGGGGGAAGACGGAUUUCCUGGCUUCAAAGGAGACAUGGGCAUCAAGGGUGAAAAGGGUGAGGUUGGUUCACUAGGACCCAGAGGGGAGGACGGCCCUGAGGGCCCCAAGGGCAAAUCAGGACCUGGUGGAGAAACUGGACCCAUCGGUACAGCUGGAGAGAAAGGAAAACUUGGAGUCCCUGGUUUGCCUGGAUACCCUGGAAGACAGGGCCCUAAGGGCUCCAACGGCUUCCCUGGUUUCCCCGGGGCAAAUGGUGAAAAAGGAGCGAGGGGAAUCGCUGGCAAAGCUGGUCCAAGAGGACAACGUGGUCCAACGGGUCCACGUGGUGGGCGUGGUGCCAGAGGACCAACAGGAAAACCCGGUUCAAAGGGAACAUCAGGAAAUGAUGGACCUCCCGGCCCACCAGGAGAGAGGGGACCUCAAGGACCACAGGGACCUGUCGGUUUCCCUGGACCCAAAGGACCAAAUGGGCCACCAGGAAAAGAUGGGCUGCCUGGACAUCCUGGACAGAGGGGAGAAGCGGGUUUCCAAGGAAAGACUGGACCUCCAGGACCUGGAGGAGUGGUCGGACCACAGGGACCAACCGGUGAGACUGGCCCCAGCGGGGAGCGAGGACACCCAGGUUCUCCUGGACCACCUGGUGAGCAAGGUCUACCUGGAGCUGCUGGGAAGGAGGGUGGAAAGGGCGAUCCCGGUCCUCAAGGUCCAGGUGGCAAGGCAGGACCUGCAGGUCUGAAGGGCUUCCAGGGGGGCAGAGGUAUUCCAGGGGGCAUGGGUCCAGGUGGCUUGAAGGGAGGAGAAGGCCCUCAGGGUCCCCAGGGUCCCAUCGGCUCUCCCGGAGAGAGAGGCGCCGCCGGCCCCGGAGGUCCGAUUGGUCUGACAGGACGUAAUGGACCCCAAGGACCACCCGGUCCUGCUGGAGAAAAAGGAGCUCCUGGAGAGAAAGGCCCCAUGGGUCCUGCUGGUCGUGAUGGCAUUCAAGGACCCGUUGGUCUUCCUGGAUCAGGUGGUCCUCAGGGUCCCCCUGGAGAAGAUGGAGAUAAGGGAGAAGUUGGUGGACCUGGGCAGAAGGGAAGCAAAGGAGACAAGGGUGAACUUGGUCCACCAGGUCCAAGUGGUCUUCAGGGUGUGGUUGGAGCUCCUGGUCCAGCUGGCAGCGACGGUGAGUCUGGACCCAGAGGACAGCAGGGUAUGUUUGGACAGAAAGGAGACGAAGGACCCCGAGGAUUCACAGGUCUGCCUGGACCAGUUGGACUGCAAGGUUUGCCCGGCCCUCCCGGUGAGAAGGGAGAGAACGGAGACGUCGGAGCAAUGGGUCCACCUGGUCCCCCUGGUCCAAGAGGUCCUCAAGGAUCCGGCGGUUCAACUGGUGCACAAGGUCCUCCUGGUGGAAUUGGUUCAAUGGGAGGUGUUGGUGAGAAGGGAGAGACUGGAGAAGCUGGAAAUCCAGGAUCGUCAGGAGAGCCUGGUAUUGCAGGACCCAGAGGAGAGACUGGUGAGAAGGGAGAGACUGGCCCACCUGGUGCUGCCGGACCCGCCGGUGCUCGUGGACCUCCUGGAGAUGACGGUCCUAAAGGAAACCCCGGUCCUGUCGGCUUCCCAGGAGACCCUGGUCCCCCUGGUGAGCCAGGUGCUGGUGGUCUCGAUGGUUUAGCAGGCGACAAGGGUGACGACGGAGAAGCUGGUCAACCUGGUCCUGCUGGUCCGUCUGGUGAGGCUGGUGUUCCUGGACCUCCUGGCAAAAGGGGAUCAGUUGGAAAACCAGGCCCCGAGGGGAAACAGGGAGAAAAAGGUUCCAAGGGAGAGGCUGGAGCAGAAGGACCUGCUGGUAAAACUGGACCUGUUGGACCUCAAGGUCCCCCUGGAAAAUCUGGUGCUGAGGGUCUGCGUGGAAUUCCUGGCCCUGUCGGUGAGCAAGGACUUCCUGGAGCUUCUGGUCAAGACGGGCCUCCAGGACCUCUUGGGCCGCCUGGACUUCUUGGAAUGAAAGGUGACUCUGGAUUCAAGGGAGAAAAGGGUCAUCCAGGUCUUAUUGGUCUGAUCGGACCUCCGGGUGAGGCUGGAGAGAAGGGAGACAGAGGUCUGCCUGGUCCUCAGGGUUUGGGAGGAGGAAAGGGUGAAUCUGGUAUGGGUGGUUCUCAAGGUCCUCUCGGUCCUCCUGGUCCUCCUGGUCUCCCUGGUGCACUAGGACAGAAAGGUUCCAAGGGAUCAACUGGAUCAGCUGGUCAGAAGGGAGACUCUGGACUGAUCGGACCUCCUGGACCACCUGGUCCUCCAGGUGACAUGGUUCAGCCUCUGCCUAUUCAGCAUUCAGGCAGAAAGACCAGGAGACAGGCGGAGAUGCAGGGAGACGAGGCUCUGAGCGACUACGCCAUCGAGGGCAUGGGCAUGGAAGGAAUGGAGGACGUUUUCGGAUCCCUUAACAACCUCAAACAAGAUAUCGAACGCAUGAAGUUCCCCAUGGGAACCCAGGACAACCCUGCCAGAACGUGCAAUGACCUGCACCUGAGCCAACCAGACUACCCAGAUGGUGAAUACUGGAUCGAUCCAAACCAGGGCUGCAUAGGAGACGCCAUCAAAGUGUUCUGUAAUUUCACCUCAGGCGGAGAAACGUGCAUCUACCCAGAUAAGAAGUCAACAGUAGUGAGAAUAUCCAACUGGCCGAAAGAAUCUCCAGGCUCAUGGUUCAGUGAAUUCAAACGUGGUAAAAUUCUGAACUACGUGGAUGUGGCUGAAAACACCUUAAAUGAAGUGCAGAUGACUUUCCUGAAGCUGCUGAGCUCCUCAGCACGUCAGAACUUCACCUACAUGUGCCACCAGUCUGUGGCCUGGUACGACGGCAAGGCCGACAACUAUGACAAGGCUCUGCGCUUCCUGGGCUCCAAUGAUGAGGAGUUAUCCUACGACAACAACCCUUUCAUCAAGCCAUUGGUGGACGGCUGCGCGCUGAAGCAGGGUUACUCAAGGACAGUGAUGGAGGUCAACACUCCUCGUAUCGACCAGUUGCCAAUCAUUGACGUCAUGCUGAAUGACUUUGGGGAAUCCAACCAGAGGUUUGGCUUCGAGGUCGGCCCCGUGUGUUUCCUCGGCUAGACGCGCCCCCACUCCCGCUGAUGAACAGGGUCAUAUUAACACCCACAUGCUGAGAUCCAACAUCCUUUACCUUCUCUCCCUGCGAAGCCAAAAAUAAAAAAAACCUGUGUUUACUUUUACUGCCGAGAAGAUCCACUCACGCCCGGAGAAGAAGAGUGGCCCCCGGCCCUGUCAUUAGAGCGCUGAGCAGGGGAAACUACUCCUCGCCCUUGUAGGGCUCGAAUCACAUGACUUUAACUUAGAAAUCAGAGUGACAUCAGGAAAAGGGCAUUUGAUGCCGUGGCGGACAGUGGCACACUUUCAGCAACAGAGAGAGAAUCCGCCCUCCCCCGCUCCUCCCACCUCCCUCGUCCCUUUGACUCCCACCAUGCCUCCCUCUCUGGAUGCUCCAGGUGCUGCUCUGAGUACAACCACAGAGGUGUUUUUGUGCUGAAUCACAAAACACUUGAGGUGCUAUAAAAGUGUUUGUUUUCUUUUUUUUUUUUAUAAAACUGUAAUUAUUAUAAUUAUUAUUAUUUUGUACAAUAUUGUUCCUUUCUGAAUCCACUCUUUGAAAAUAAAAAGAAACUUGCAUGUGUCCCAGUUCUUAGAGAUUAAAUAAAUACUUUUUUAAUAUGAUAAAUGGAUAAAAAUACUGUUGAAAACACAUUUGAUGAGAAAUAUUGUCACUGCAAAACAAUGACAACAAAAUUUGAGCAGAGAUUUCCCCUGUUAUAUAUUUCUUGUAAAUAUUAUAACUCAGAUUAUUUGACUUUUGUGAGAAAAAAACUAAACUGGAAUAUGAAACGUAUUUAGAUGCAGUGAGUGCUUUUUUAUUUUCCUACCAGUUGGUAUUUCAUUAGGAAAUGAAGCCAUCAUAAGUUUAUAUAGUAAUAUAAAUAACAUGACAAAGGCCUAUUCUUCCAAACUGACUCUAUUCACCCAGAUGUUGUACCGGAGGGUUCAGUGUGUGUAUUUGGUUUUUUUUAUUACAAAUUUGGCUCUCUUUUUUUUAAUCUAAUAAUUUACAAAAAAACAUUUUUUGUUGAUUUUGAUUUUGAUUUUCUUUUUGUAGCAAUGAACCAAAUGUUUCCAUGUGCCUUCUCAAUCAAAAAUAUUAAAACUGGAUUCUAAAAAUC